GUUUAUAAAUAACUUUGCAUUUGUAUACGUAAACUAGUAUAUGGAAUCCAGGAUGCACAUACUCCAAGUAACCCUGUUAGGAAAUGAAAGCGAUUCUCAAUCGUGGUGUACGUAACUUAAUCUUAACGAUUACAAUUCAAUGGGUUAAGGUGGCUUUCAAACUCAUAAAGUUAUUUACAUUGGAGAAUAUAUGUAGUUUGCGUAAAUCAUUGAUGAAGAGUUUAGGAAUAUUGGAAUCUUAAUAUACACAUCGCUUAUAUACUAUUUGAUUAUCUAAGUACAAAAAAUUGUGUUGAGAGGCCCUCAGGUUCUAGGGUUUUCCGUUUCUUCACCGAGAUCAAUGGAGAAGAAGUUCGAUAAGAAGUUCACUUGGGUGAUCAAAGAUUUCUCUUCUUUGCAAUCAGUGAAUAUACUGUCAGAUACUUUCGUCGUCCGUGGCUGCAAAUGGCAACUUAAUGCAUAUCCCAAAGGAAACAAGGGUCAGAACUUUUUGUCUUUGUUUCUGGAAGUCGCCUGUUGUGGAUCAUUGCCAUCUGGAUGGAGAAGACACGCACGAUUUCGCCUUAUUGUUGUAAAUCAACGUUCUGAGACACUCUCCCGGCAACUUGAAGGACAAAACUGGUUUGAAGAGAAGGCUAACGGCUGGGGUUUUCAAUCCAUGCUUUCUCUUGAUGAAAUUAAUGCCAAAGAUAGUGGGUUCCUGGUGAAUGGGGAGCUCAAGAUUGUUGUCGAGAUAGAACUUCUUGAAGUUAUUGGCAAAGUAGAUGUUAAUGGGUUUCACUUUCUCUCUUCACAGGUGGAAUUUGUGAGCCGUAUGUUUGAAAAACAUCCAGAAACUGCUUCUGAAGUCCAUCUAAAGAACCCAAAUCUUAGGACAGGUUACAUGAGUUUGCUACUCAGUCUGAUAGAUACUCUGUGCCAGUCGCCUCACAAGCUCCCCAAGGAUUAUCUCGGUGAGGCGUAUUAUGCACUGGAAUCUUUGACUGAUGCUGGUUUUAAGUUGGAUUGGCUGGAGAAAAAAAUUUCUCAAGUGUCAGAAAAGAAGGAGAGAGAAAAAGAUGGUGAGAUUCGUAGGCUAGAAAUUGAAAAAGAGUUGAAAAACUUGAAGGAGAAGUGCUCAGAUCUUGAAGCUCAGCUGGAGAAGGAGAAGUCAGAGGCGUUGGCUGCUAAAACUCCUAUCUCAUUCGAUGAUAUUAUCCAAUAAUCUCCAGUUAUUAGAAUUUAGACACUUGAAGUUUGUUCUUAUUUGGUUAUGCAUUGUCUCACUUCAUGAAAAAUAAUUGAACUCUUUUUAUUUUAGCU